AUGGGGACCUGCCGCCCACCGCUACACUGCAGCCACUUGCCGGGAGCUCCGCCGGACCGCCCGCGCCAGACGACACCCGACGGCAAGACCCAGCCCGGCGGCGGCGGCCCGGGCGGCUGCCCGCACUGUGUCACGCAAGUGCCGGCCAAAGACGGGCAGAGGCUCUCCUCCAUCGUGCGGGCUCUGGCCUCGCAGAGUAGCCCAUUCAAUGACCAGCCAAUGUGCAGGAUCUGCCAUGAGGGCAGCAGUCAGGAAGACCUGCUUUCCCCCUGCGAAUGCACAGGGACCCUGGGGACAAUUCACCGCAGCUGCCUGGAGCACUGGCUGUCAUCUUCAAAUACCAGCUACUGUGAACUCUGCCAUUUCAGAUUUGCAGUGGAGCGCAAGCCCAGGCCACUAGUGGAGUGGUUGAGGAACCCAGGCCCCCCGCGUGAGAAACGGACCCACUUUGGAGACAUGUUGUGCUUCUUGUUUAUCACUCCACUGGCAACCAUCUCUGGCUGGUUGUGUCUACGAGGAGCAGUGGACCACCUGCACUUUAAUAGUAGGCUAGAAGCUGUUGGCCUAAUUGCACUCACUGUUGCACUCUUCACUAUAUACCUCUUUUGGACCCUAGUAUCCUUUAGGUAUCACUGUAGAUUAUACAGUGAAUGGUGUCGGACCAAUCAGCAAGUGGUACUCCUAAUCCCAAAAUCUGUCAACAUCCCCUCUGACCAGCAGUCCCUGCUGGGCUUGCAGUCCCUCAAAAGGAACUCAAAGGAGACAAUUGUUUAAUAUGGGCAGUUCUGCACAGGGG